UGUGGAGCCGCGGCCGCCUGUACCAGGCAAAGGUUUCCACCGCAUUCCGCUGGCCGAGGCCGCGAUAAGGCAGCGAGACGCCCCGGGACCCCCCAGCCGCGCCGCCCCCACGGACCAGCUUUGCUUGACCUUGAGGCCGAAGGACUUUUCACGGAAUCAGCUAAAAAUUCCCUGGGAUGUUCCAAGGCUGGCAACACAGGAAAGCCGGCACCCAGGCCCUGCUCGGUGAGGCCAGACGGACAGUGCCGGCCAGGGUGGACUCGCCUGGCAGAGACAAGACGCAGAGAUGGCCUCGUCCCCGCAAGGCACCAGGCCCCUCAGCCACCGCGGAGACAAGAGCCAGCCACAGCCCGCAGUCACAAGCGGUUCAUUCGCUCCUGGGGACACCCCACCCGGAUCCAAGCCGGCUCCAGGAGGAACAAGCGGUCGCGGAUGCGGCGGUGCCGUGCCCAGGCACCAGUCUGGGCCCAUGAGAGACCCAUGGGGAGCCGCCGGGAGGAGGGGCUCCUGCACCAGCCAAGCCUCCUGGACCAAGACGCAGCCCUCCCGGACACCGAGGAUGCCGCCCAGCCCCCGGCUGCCCUCCUGGAGGGGCUCCUGCUGGAGGAGCCGAAGCAGCCGCCUGGCGCCGGGCAGGGCCCCCUCUUCUACAUCGGAGGCACCAAUGGGGCCGCAAUAAUCAGCUCCUACUGCAAGAACAAGGGCUGGCGGCGCACCCAGGACAGCCGCUGCAAGGACUACAAGCUGAAGUGGUGCGAGGUCAAGUGCCGCGACAGCUACUGCAGCUUCCGGGAAGGCGAGCAGCUGCUGUUCCAGCUUCCCAACAACAGGCUCCUCACCACCAAGAUCGGGCUGCUCUGCGCCCUGAGGGAGUACUCGCGGGUCGAGAGCAAGGUCAACACUCAAGCCAGGGAAACCCAGGGAAGACGUGGGCUGGAGCCGGAGGGCUGCACUGGCCAGGGCACUCAGACAUGGACACUGACCACCCUGCCUGCCGCACUGUCCCAACACUGGGGACACCUCCCUGAGCAGAACAAGCGCGGCAGGACCCUGAAAAUGGAAGAGUUUUUCCCAGAGACCUACCGUCUGGACAACAGGGACGAGAGAGAGGCCUUCUUCACCCUGUUUGACGAAACCCAGAUGUGGAUCUGCAAACCCACCGCCUCUAACCAGGGCAAAGGCAUCUUCCUGCUCAGGAGCCAGGAGGAAGUUGCCGCCCUGCAGGCCAAGACCCAGAGCACGGAGGAUGACCCCAGCUACCGCAGGAUGCCGUUCCGGGCGCCGCAGGCGCGCGUGGUGCAGAGGUACAUCCAGAACCCGCUGCUGCUGGAGGGGAAGAAGUUCGACGUGCGCUCCUAUCUGGUCAUCGCCUGUGCCACGCCCUACAUGGUCUUCUUCGCCCAUGGCUACGCCCGCCUCACCCUCAACCUCUACGACCCCCAUUCCUGCGACCUCAGUGGCCACUUGACCAACCAGUUCAUGCAAAAGAAGAGCCCCCUGUAUGUGCUGCUCAAGGAGGACACCGUGUGGAGCAUGGACCACCUCAACCGCUACAUCAAUGACAACUUCAGGAAGGUCAAGGGUCUCCCCAGAGACUGGGUCUUCACCACCUUCACGAAGCGGAUGCAGCAGAUCAUGGCCCAGUGCUUCCUGGCCGUCAAAUCCAAGCUCGAGUGCAAGCUGGGUUACUUCGACCUCAUUGGCUGUGACUUCCUGAUCGAUGAGAACUUCAAGGUGUGGCUGCUGGAGAUGAACUCCAACCCUGCCCUGCACACCAACUGUCAAGUCCUGAAGGAGGUGAUCCCAGGCCUGGUCGUGGAGACCCUGGACCUGGCGCUCGAGACCUUCCAGAAGAGCUUGCGCUGCCAGAAGAUGCUGCCACUGCUGUCGCAGCGCCGCCUCGUGCUCCUACACAGCGGCGAGGCGGACCUGUGGCGGCGCCUGGGGGGCUCCCGCAGCUCCCCGUGCCCGCAGCCGCCGCCCCCGCCGCGCGCCGCAGACCGGCCGGGCGCGCGCAGGCCCGCGCCACCCCGGGGCCCCGGCGGCGCGCACGGCCGUCCCUCCUCCCCAGGGCGGCGCCCCCGGCCGCCCGACCCCGGCCCCGGCGGCGCCCGCAGCGGGGAGCCCGAGCGGCCGCGAGCCGGCGGCAGGAACCCGGCGCCGGAGCCCUCCCCGGGGACGGGGACGGCAGGGGAGGCGCGCAAGGGCGCGAGCCCCCGGGGCUCCUAG